AUGUCAUCAGACCAACAGGUGUGGCACACGGCUGUGCCACCCCCCACCAGGUCCCCCAGCUCCGCCAGCAACCCCAGGUCCCCCAGCUCCGCCAGCAACCCCAGGUCCCCCAGCACCCCAGGAUCUGAGAAGGUGGCCUCUCCACUAGAGUGCUCCAUCUGCUUCUCUGGCUAUGACAACAUCUUCAAGACACCCAAGGAGCUCUCCUGCACCCAUGUCUUCUGCCUCGAGUGCCUGGCGCGGUUGGCAGCCGCUCAGCCCAUGGGCCGCCCUGGCAGUGAAGCUGUACCCUGCCCAUUCUGCCGGCAGCCCACAGCCGUGCCCCCUGCUGGGGCUCCUGCCCUGCGCACUAGCCACCAGCUGCUGGCCAAGAUGCCAGCCCACUUGCGGCAGGAGGAGUGCGUAUGGCUGGAGGGCACCAAGCUCUGCUGCCGCCCGCCACCCUCUGCGCCCGGCCACGCCUCACCCAGCUUCGUGUGCGUAGAUGUGGGCCUGAGCAAGCCGCCCGAGCCUGUGCCACCCCCGUCUCCCCCAGGGCCUGUGCGCCGCGUGGACCGCCUGGCCCGCUGCUGGGCCAGCUGCAGGGACUGGAGGCGAGUGGCCCUGGUCUCGACGCUGCUGCUGGUGCUCUUCUGUGUAGUGCUGUGGCCCGUGCAGUGUGCACUUAAAACGGGGAACCUGCGCUGCUUCCCCCGGCCCCCUGCAGCCACCGCCAGUGCUACCACUAUGCUCCCCCUCGGGUCCCUGGCUGACAACUAG